AUGGUAUGUGUGGACUUUGGACACGAUUCAACGAGAGUGGAUGACGUAGCUACUGCCUACAUGUACGAGGGAAAAGAAUUGUUACAAGGUCGAUUCUGUGAAGGAAACAAGGAAAGAGAUAAUGCAAUUCUUUUGAUGCUACGGAGAGAUGGUAAUGAUGCGAUUCGUCCGCUGCUAUGGGAAAGGGGUGUUUUCAACCUCGAGACCUUGGCGGAGGGCAACAACGCAGCAUGUUUCUUCAUGCAGGCGAGUAUAGCCGUUACACCAGACAUCUCUGACCCACUUCUUGGUGCCGUAUGGUCGUUGGUGGGUUUUGUCACUGAGCAGAUCGAGCCACUGAUGAGCAAGCUUGGAUGCCCUCAACUGGCAGACUUCAACUCGGCACUGUUCAAUGGUUUCCCUGGCGCUAGCUACAAAGCUGAAGGUCAGGAGAAAAGCUUUCUUGAUACCAUUUGA